AUGUUUUACAUCAUUGGACUGGGUCUUGGUGAUCCGGAGGACAUCACUGUGAAAGGGUUAAACAUCAUCAAACAAUGUGACCGCGUUUAUCUAGAAUCGUACACAUCGAUUUUAUGCUGUGGACAGGAGAAAUUGGAAGAAUUCUAUGGCAGAAAACUUAUUCUUGCCGAUCGAGAAAUGGUCGAACAACGGGCGGAUGAAAUUUUGGAAGGUGCCGACAUGCAAUCGAUAGCUUUCUUGGUCGUUGGAGAUCCGUUUGGAGCAACCACUCACACUGAUCUGAUGCUUCGAGCCAAGGAAAAAGACAUCAAAACAUCCAUUGUUCACAAUGCGUCGAUAAUGAAUGCGAUUGGAUGCUGCGGGUUACAACUGUAUCAUUUCGGCGAAACGGUUUCUAUUCCCUACUGGGAUGAUAACUGGAAGCCGGAUAGCUUUUACGAUAAAAUCGUAGCAAAUCUGCAACAUGGGCUACACACAUUAUGUCUUUUGGAUAUAAAAGUUAAAGAGCCAACGUUGGAGUCGUUAAUGAAGAAAAAACGCGAAUACAUGCCUCCCCGCUUUAUGUCGGUAGGUGAAGCGGCUGGACAGUUACUAGAGAUUGUCGCCAACAAGUCCACCAGUGAGGCAGAUAGUAAAGGACGCCAGAACGAGCAUGGGCUUAAUGAAAACUCGCUGGUUGUUGGACUCGCUCGUGUGGGUCAUGAAACGCAGCAAAUUGCAGCCCGUUCACUAAGAGAAAUGAAGGAUGUCGAUCUGGGACCACCGUUACACUCGCUAAUCAUUCCCAAUAGAAAUCUGCAUCCGUUGGAACAGGAAUUCUUACAACAGUUUAGCGACUAA